GCGGCACGGGCACCCCGGGCAAGCAGGGACCCGCUCGGGGCUCGCUGCUGGGGGCCGGGGGGCGGCAUCGGGGCGCUGACUUGCCCCAGCCCCAGCCCCAGCCCCAGCCCCAGCCCGUCCCGGUGCGCGGGGCGUAGCAGGGGGAGUGCCGGCCGCCGCCGGGGCGCGGAGCCGCCGGACACGGCCCCAUAAAAGCGGCGGCGGCGGCGGCGAAGGGGCCGGGCUGCGCCUCCUGGGCUCGGCGGGGCCGCCCCGACGGCCGCAUGACCGCCGAGAGCCGCCUGCCCCCGGGCCCCCCGGGCCCCCCGCCGCCGCUGAAAGGGGACCCGGCGCCGCCGGGGGACGAGGAGGAGGAGGCGGCGGCGGCGGGGACGGGGGGGACAGCGAGGGGCGGCCGCCGCCGUCGCAAGCGGGCGGCGGAGCGGGGCAAGCCGCCCUACAGCUACAUCGCCCUGAUCGCCAUGGCCAUCGGGCAGGCGCCCGAGCGGCGGCUGACGCUGGGCGGCAUCUACCGCUUCAUCACCGAGCGCUUCCCCUUCUACCGCGACAGCCCCCGCAAGUGGCAGAACAGCAUCCGACACAACCUCACCCUCAACGACUGCUUCGUCAAGGUGCCCCGGGAGCCCGGCCGCCCCGGCAAGGGCAACUACUGGACGCUGGACCCCCACGCCCGGGACAUGUUCGAGAGCGGCAGCUUCCUCCGCCGCAGGAAGCGCUUCAAGCGCAGCGACCUCUCCACCUACCCGGCUUUCCUCGCCGAGCGCCCCGCCGCCCCCUGCCGCCUCUUCCCCCCCGCCGAGCUGCCCCCGGACCCCGCCGCCGCCGCCUCCUGCGCCUUCUCCGCCGCCUCCUGCCCCGCUCAGGGCUGCACCGCCGCCGCCCUGCCCCACGGCUACGGGCCGCUGCCCUCCGCCCCCGGCCCGUACGCCCCGGCCGGCCCCGGCCCCCUGUACGCGCCCCCGGGGCGCUUCGUGCUGCCCGCAUCGCCGCCGGCCCCCGCCGGGCUCUACGCGCCCCUGCCCCACUCCUACGGCCCCGGCGGGCAGAUGGGGGCCGCCGAGCACGGCCCGAGGCACGGAGCCUUCCCCGCAGCCUCCGACAGGUUCGUCCCGGCGCUCUGACCCCCCGCAGGCGGCCCGGGAGCUCCUCAGAAGACCUCACGCUUGAAGAUCUCGCUCUUGAGGACCUCGUGCUUGAAGAUCUUCCUCCCAAAGAUCUUCCUCCCAAAGAUCUUCCUCCCAAAGAUCUUCCUCCCAAAGAUCUCCCUCCCAAAGAUCUCCCUCCCAGAGAUCUCCCUCCUGAAGAUCUCCCUCCCAAAAACCUCCCCGCUGCUCACAGCUCUGCUCGCACAACCGGACCUCGGGGAGGAGGGAGGUGGGAGGACGCCUUCCCCAGCUUCAUGCACCAUGGCCACAAAAGCACCAGCAUGCUGGCAGGUCCCUGCUGUGGUGCAGGGAUGUGCCACGCUAGCGCUGGGGCUCUUCAGUGCGUUUAUAGGGGCUGGGGAAGGUUUGGGGUGCAGGCAGGCUCUGCAAGUCGCAUCCCGCCAGGGGUUCGUGCUUUGUGCUGCAGGGGCUCGGGGGAGCAGUGGGGCUUGGUGCGUAGAGACUUUUCCUAGAAGUGUGCUCAGCCUCUGGAGUCCCUUCCAGACCCAGCGAGGCCGGGGGAUCUCUGCCCGUAGAGGUCUUCCUGGGAUGGUUGCACAAAGCCCAGGCAGCCUGGUCUGUUUUGGAGCUGAAGUUCCUCUCUCCUCCUGAAACAAGUGAGAGAGGCAGGGCACGGAGUUUUUCGAUCUCUGCUUGCUCUCCUUUUCUUUCAAGCUCUCCUAGGACGGAGAAAAGGCAAAAGGAGACCAUGGAAAAGGGAAGAGGGGACAAAUGAUGGGCAAAGGCUUCUGAGUAGGUACCUGGAGAAAUGCAAGCAGAUCUCUCCAGACAGAUCUCGCCACCUCGGGAAGGGGACUGGGGACCUGAGAGGUGCCCGGGGCUCUGGAGUUGUCAGCAGGGAGGGAGCAGAUGCAGCCCUUCCGCAGCUGGCAUCUCCUCAUCCAGCUCCCUUUCCCCAUUAAGAUGUGAGACUGCAUGACCAGGGUCAGGAGAAGGUUGGUGAGAGGCUCCUGCAAACUGGUGGGGCUUUGGGUGGGGAGAGGGAGGUGGGAAAAGCAGCGGGAGGUUUGGAAGAGGAGGGAGAGGGUACACCUACACCUACAGAUGGGUAGGACCACAGGGUAACCGGGGUUGGAGGCUGGAAGCCGGGAAGUUUCUGCUCCAACCUUAUGCUCGGCAAUGAGCCAGACCAAUUUUUGGGGGGGGCUAUCCUGUAGAGUCUAGAUAACGUCCAAGGAUGGAGACAGCACAGGAGUUCCUUGUGGCACACACUCAGCACCCUGCUAAUCUGACUUGGUGCCUGUCUCUCAUCCUACAGCUGCAGGCAGCUGCCAACAGCUCGGAUCCUGCGGGGGCUUUUUCAGAUGAUAUCUGCUGGUGACCAUUUGGCCAGUCCCCCGUGAGAGGUGGACGGCAGAAGCUGUGGGGCAGCCCCCCGUGUGUCCCCGAGGCAGAAGACCACCCUUCCCUCCCCGGGCGGUCAGGAUGGCACACGGCAGGGUGAGGCACCCCCAUGGCAGCUGGGGCUCGUCCCGGAGCUGCUGCCCCUGCCCAGGAGCUCUCUGAUGCCCCUCAGCACCUCUUCAGCUGUGCCCCGAGGAAACUGCUGCCCCGGGGCAGGACCACAAGCCUACCUCAAACCUUCGGUGUGCCGAGACGCGCGUGGGGUCUCUCCCUCGCUUGCUGCCCCCCCUGCAGAGCAGCCUUGUCCCUUUCCCUGCCCUUCCUGGCCCCGGCAGGUCCAGGAGAUGCUGCCCGCAGCGGCUCGGCUCGCCCAGCCCUCUCUCGCCUUCCCUUUUACCAGCUGCAGGAGGAGCUGUAGCCCUGGCUGUGGCAGCUCUCCGGUUUGGCAGCCGUCUGCAGGCGCUCCCUUCGCUCACCGCUGCUGCUGCAGCAGCUCCUGGGGGACACAGACAGGGCUGGGCAGGGGGAGGGAGACCUUGCUGCAGGCAGCUACAGGUAGCCUUUAUUUCCUUCUGGAUUGCCUGGGCUUUGUGCAAGUCUCGGUUCAAGGAGGCGAGCCUGCUGCACCAGCAUCUCCAUGUGCACACACAUGGGUUAAUUUUGUGUACAAAUAAGUGCCUUUCUAGCACCAGUGCUUUGCGCUGGUCAGCUCAAGGAUCCAGGCUCGAUGAUCCUCAUCAGCCACCUAACUAACCCUGGUCUAACCAAAGGUGCAGGAACUUUUUUUUUUUUUUUUUUUUUUUUUUUCCCGUUUGUUUCUUUGUGAAAAAAAAAAAACAAAAAAAACAAACAAACAGAGAGAAACUGUCUCAUCAGUCUUCCUUCGGCAACAGCUGACCUCAAGCCCUGCGGCCGCCGGGUGCUAACCAACCUGUGCCUCUGCUUCGGAGCCUCCCGCUGCCUCUGCCCCAGCUCUGCAGGCUGGGCUGCCCGCCUGCCUCCCUGCACAGCCCGGGAUUUUGAGCAGCUCCUCCUGGCGCCGGGUGAUGGGGAAGCUGUUUUUGGGAACCAGCAGGAAGCAAAGCGGGAGCCAGAUGGGUCCCGUGGGGCUCUCUGCUGCUUCGCCUCUCCUCAGGUGCUGAGGACUAAACCUGAGAGUAUUUUGUUUGCCUUGUGCAAGCCACUCCUGAGCUUGGAUAGUGUGUAACAUAAGCUCAGGAGCAAAACCUGGUGUCUGGAGAAUGCGCGAUGGACUGUGGUGACUCACAAGGUACCAGUUGUGUAGGUGCAGUCGUGUAUUGUUUGCUGACAGGAUCUAGAUGCUGGUUCUUAUUUCUCUCCAAAUCAUUUCUAACCUCCAGUUAGGGACACCAGGCACCUAGGGUGUACUUACUGCAGUGGGUGCAGUGGAUGUGCGCCUGUUGCACCAAGGACCUGGGACACCUGGCCACAGACUGCCCAAGUUCAGCGAGAAACCCUGGGCAGGAGCCAGGGUCUGUGUGCUCACUGAAAAGCCACACGGACCCUCCGAGGGCCUCUGUCUUCUGAGGAUUUUACGCCAAAAACAGACAGAGCCCUACCUGCCCUGCUUGCAGCCGGCCCAGAGGACUCCACAGGUCCCUUCCCACAAGCACUACUGUGGUUUUGUGGCUACUGCGACCUCUCUGGGCUCCUGUGCAGGCAGGCCUGUGGGUGAGGGGAUGGGGAUCUGCUGUGUCUGUGAGGAAUUGGGGAUAUGCCACGUCUGCGAGAAAUUGGGGAUACGCCGCAUCAGGCAGCCGGGCUGGUGACUCUCAGCCACCGUCCGGAACAGGGAAACUCCUGGUUUCUGGAAACUUCGCUGUAAAUAUCCUUCCUUCUGUUUAGCAGAGUUAGCCCAAGUUCCCAAGUAGCCUUUUUUGAUUUCUGGGAGACGAGUCCGAUAGGUUUGGGUAAGAAACUGGGUGUGAGCCCUGAGGAGAAGAGGGGCAGAGCACCUCGGUGCUGCCCAGCCUCGGGCACAGCCACUCCUUGCCUUGCCUUCGAGAAAGCAGAUUAUUACAGGUUAGGGGAAAAUUUGUACUAUGCAUUAGAGAUACUUUUAUUAUUAUUAUUAUUUUUUGUAUUUACUCUUCUACUCCACCUGUAAUGGAAAUAAAUCUCUGUCCUGUUGUUUGUAA